AUGAGAAUAUUUCCUUUUCUUAGAGGACCACCUUUCAUUUUAACUUUCGAAGGGUUUGAUCAGAUUCAUCAGUUUCGACGAACAACAAACCCUAAAGCACGUCUCAAUCUCUCUUUCAUAAUCGAAAAACUCAUUGAUCAACAAAAAAAAAAAAAUCAAGUUUUUGUUUUCGAUUUCAGUCCCUUGCCUCUGCCUGCGGCAAUCACACAGAAUAAGCCUGAUGCUGCUCCUGUCAGGUUUUCAGACAAUACCAAGCAACUUCAGUACAUUAACAACAUAAGAAAUGGUGCUGUUGGAGCUCAAAUGAAGCUUGUCAUUGAUCUUUUGUUGAAGACAAGGCAAGCAUAUACGGCAGAGCAAAUAAACAAAGAAUGUUACGUUGGUAUGAAUGCCAAUAAGGCUGUUUUUGAUAGUUUGAGGAAGAAUCCUAGAGUGCAUUAUGACGGAAGAAGGUUCUCUUACAAGGCUAGGCACGAUGUGAAGGACAAGAGCCAGCUUCGUUCUUUGGUAUACAAAUACCAAAAUGGGAUUGAUGUGGCUGAUCUCAAAGAUGCAUACCCAAACAUCAUGGAAGAUUUGCAGGCUCUGGCAGCUUCAGGUGACAUUUUUUGGAUGACAGUAUACACUGUUUCAAAAGAUAGCAUUGCGUAUCCAAAUGAGCCCAUCUAUCCGUUUAAGAUUGAUAACGAAUUGAAAGCUAUAUUCCGUGACAUGGACGUCCCGAGCGACAUGCUGGACGUGGAGAAGGAGCUGCGAAAGAUCGGUUUGAGGCCGGCCACAAACACUGCGGAGAGGAGAGCUGCUGAACAGCUCCAUGGCGUACCGAAUAAACCCAUAGACAAGAAGAAGAAGAAACAAGAAAUCAGCAAGAGAACCAAACUCACCAAUUCCCAUAUGCCUGAGCUCUUCAACAGCAUUAACGCUACCAGUUCCCGGAACUGAACCACAUACAUUGCGCUUUGAAGUUCUUCGUCUCCGGUCCAAUUUAAUUUUUCCUAAUCCUGUUCUAUGAACUAAUAAGUCAAAAGAGGAGGAAAGCAUUGACAUUAAUUCUU